CCCAUCACGUGACUCCAGGCUGGCGCCAAAAUUUAAACAAAAUUUUCCUGUCUUGUUUGGGAGGAAAUAAAUGGUUGGAGGUGGCGUUGGGGUCGUUCAAUGUACGGUGGGGAUGUCUCCGAGUGGUAAAGGUGAUGUGACUGAUGCACCGCCUACCCAGUCACUGAGUGCUGAAGGUGAUUCCAUCAAGGUUUAUGUAAGGGUGCGUCCACCAGUGAAGAGCACAAGACUAUGUUCAGAUGGAGACCAUGGGCUGUGUUUGUCAGUCCCCUCGCCAAAUACCAUUCGUCUCAGCUCAAAGCCCGAACCAAAAGUUUUCACAUAUGAUCAUGUGGCCGAUAUGGACACUACCCAGGAAGCUGUUUUUUCAGCUGUUGGACGGGGGAUUAUUGAGUCCUGUAUGAAUGGAUACAAUGGUACUAUUUUUGCAUAUGGACAAACUGGUUCAGGGAAGACAUUUACAAUGUUGGGUCCCUCUGAUGACUCUGACAACUUCACUCACAAUCUGAGGGGAAUAAUCCCUCGCAGCUUUGAAUACCUAUUUUACUUGAUCAAUCGUGAAAAGGAAAAGGCUGGAGAAGGCAAGAGUUUUCUGUGCAAGUGCUCCUUCAUUGAGAUUUACAAUGAGCAAAUAUUUGACCUUCUAGACCCUGCUUCAACUGGUCUGUUUCUUCGAGAAAACAUAAAAACUGGUGUUUUUGUAGAAGGAGUGAUUGAACAGGUUGUAACAUCAGCAGCUGAAGCCUAUCAGGUGUUGUCUGUGGGAUGGCGGAACCGAAGUGUUGCUUCUACUUCAAUGAACCGAGAGUCAUCACGGUCCCAUGCUGUCUUUGCACUUGGUAUAGAGUCAAGGGAAAGGAUCAACUCUCUGGUUAACAUUCGAAUGUCACGGCUAAACUUGGUUGAUUUAGCAGGAUCAGAACGACAGAAAGAUACACAAGCUGAAGGGCUGCGAUUAAAGGAGGCAAGCAGUAUAAAUCGAUCACUGAGUUGUCUGGGACACGUUAUCAUGGGGCUUGUUGAUGUGGCGAAUGGAAAAAGUCGGCAUAUUUCUUACAGAGAUUCUAAGCUGACAUUCUUGUUAAGGGACUCUCUUGGAGGAAAUGCAAAGACCUACAUUAUUGCAAAUGUUCACCCAGGGUCAAAAUGUUUUGGUGAAACGCUCUCAACACUUCAGUUUGCUCGAAGGGCUAAGUUAAUCAAAAAUAAAGCUAUAGUAAAUGAAGAUACUCAAGGCAGUGUCCACCAACUACAGGUUGAAAUCAAGAAGUUGAAAGAACAGCUUUCUGAGCUGUCAAAGUGCCAAAUAAUCCAGGAAGUAGAGGCUAAGAGAGAUGCUGUGCCUGUGAAAGGACAUGACGUUGAUGGUGGUGAAUGGAAGGAUCGCUUUCUGCAAGCCAUGAUCCUCUGGGAGAAAAGUGAAAAUCAAAACCAGACACUGAAGGAAAAAAUUGGGCAACUCAAGGACUUGUGCGGUAAAAAAGAAAAGAUAAUUCAGUCAACCAAGAUGAUUGUAAAGUUCAGGGAGGCAAACAUAGUGCAUCUGGAAAAGAUUCUGAAUAGUUCCCACACUAACCUGUCUCCCGAUGAAAAGGAUACAGUGAUCAAUGAACUGAAGGAAGAAAUCCAAAUUUUAAAAGAGCAGAUUGAGCAAGACUCUCGGGUGGCCAGUUAUGCAAUGGAGAAUCGUGCCCUACGAGAAGAAAACAAAUAUCUGAACUCCUUGGAAAAUGUGAAACAUGCCAAGGAAAUGACUUUACAAACAGUUGCAGAACUGGAAAGGGCAUUUUUGGAAGCCUCUACCAUGGAGAAAAAUGCUGGAGGUCAGGCCUUGUACCUGUCUCCUAUCAAAGUUGAGAACAUCUCUGCGGUCUCACAACAAAGGCUUAAAGCUCGACUUCUUCAAGCACAGAAUGAAUUAUCCUCUGUAAAGCAGGAAUAUGAGGAGUUCCAGGAGCUGACCAAGAAGAAACAAAUGGAGUUGGAAUCUGAAGUCCAUACCCUUGAAAAGGCCAAUCAGCAUUUAGAAAAUAUUUUGGAGGCAACUAAAGCUCACAAACGUCAGGAAGUCUUCCAGCUGAAUAAAAUGCAUGUUGAGACAAUCAAGAAUAUGACCACGCCAACCAGGUCUGCUGGCAACCUAACACCUCAAGUGAUUUUACAAAUGAGUCCUGAGGGAACACCUGGAGUCUGUGCAGAGAAAGAGGCAGGAGGUCAUACUGUCAUGAAUGAGUCUCUGCCACUUGAUAUGAAUGAACAAGCUUAUGAAGCUAUUGCUGAAGAACUUCGAAUAGUUCAGGAACAGUUGAUUGACCUCCAGACCAAGCUGGAUGAAGAGGAGAGCAAAAAUGUAAAGCUUAGGCAAAACAUUGACAAACUGGAAAACCAAUCCGCUAAGUUGAAUGAGCUGCUCAUCUCUGAACGAAAUGAUAGGAACAAAAACCAGCAGGAGCUCAUUACAAAGAAUAAAUCAUUGGAGAAUGAGCUGCAGGACUGUCUGAAUAAAAACAAUAUAUUGCAGAGUGAAGUGCAUGACUUGCGUGUUGUGCUGCAGUCAGCUGACAAGGAACUUCUAACUGUAAAGGCGGAAUACAGUUCCUAUAAGACCAAGCAAGAUGCUGAGCACAUUCAACUUUCAGACCAGUUUAUAAAGAUCCAGUUACAGUUGGAUAAAAUCAGGUUAGAACAUGAAAAAAGUCUGGAGGAAAAGCGUUCUCUCCAAGAUACUAAUGACAAUCUACAGGAGGUUGUGAAAUUUAAAGAGUAUGAGAGUGAACAACUGCGUAAAAAUCUGGAACAAAUGAAGGAGGAAGCUGAAAUACUGAGGACUGAAAUUAGUUCACUAAUGGAGCUUCCAGAAGCUGAAAAGGAACAAAACCAAAAGUUUGCUUCACAACUUCAACAAGACAUGGAAAACAACUCCAAGGAGCUUUUGAAGGCUUUGAAUGAGAAAGAUCUCCUAAAGAAAGAAUCUUCUGAAUUAUUGUUGAAGUCUGAACAGCAGGCACUGGAGCUGAAACAUAUGGAGCAGAGCCUGUCUGAUGCCAAAAGGGUUAUUGCUGAUCUAGAGAAGAAGCAUACAGCUGAUCAGGAUGUGGUGAGGAUCCUGAAGAAUCAAAUACAAGAAGUGAGAAGCAUUUGCUGUCAGAAAUCUGAAAAUGUUUCUGCCUUGACUCAAGAACUGGAGGACAUCAAAUUGAAGUACAGUGCUGCUGUGGCUACUAAGGAAGAAAAUAAAGACAUGAUUGAGAGAAAGGAGCAAGAAAUUAUGGAGAUGAGAGAGGCCAUAGAAAGAACGAAAAAUUCCUGUAAUGUUCAGAUGGAGAUGCUGUACGAAGAUCUCACUAAUGCCUCCCAGCAGCUGGAUCAGCAAACAGAAUACUCUAAGGAACUGACAGCAAAAUUGCAGCUGAUGCAAGAGGAAGCAGAGAAAAAUACAAAAACCAUUAAAGAACUUAACAAUCAGCUGCAGGUGAAAGAUGUUGAAAAUCAAGCAAUAAAAUGUGAACAUGAAAAGAAUCUUCAGCAGAUCGAGUCCUUGAGAGAAAUUUCGUCUGAUAAUCAGACUCCACGUACUCCAAGAUCCCCAGCGUUUCCAAUUAGAACCCCAGAGCAGCACCAGAGGCUAUCGGAUGAUCGAAAUGCAAUUCAAGCCUCCUUUGAAGUGUUGGCUGAGAUGGAGUUAGAAAGGGAAUCCAAGAACAAACAGAUUCUACAACUCAAAAGCCAGUUGCAUGAGUUGAAAAAGCAGUGUUUGGAAAUAGAUGCUUUGGAGAGACGCUGUCGGAGUUUGGAGAGCCGUCUCGAAAGAGCAGAGAAAAGUACAACUGAGCCACAACGUCUGAAUGAGUUGGAGAAGAAAUUAAAAGAAGAAUUAAAUGUCAAGGAAGCUCUAACAGAAAAGCUGGCACGUGUGGAAGCUGAAUUAACUGUGAAUAAAACGUCAUUGGAAUCUAUUCAGCGCAGCAUUACAGAGUACCAAGAGGAACUUGAACGCACCAGGAGUUUAGAAGUGAAAACCUUCAGUGAGAAAGAAGUGUUUCGAUCGGCUCUCGAAUCAGCAAAUGAGGAGAAAGAGAAACUUAGCUGGGAGGUUAACACUCUUCGGAGCCAAGUAGCCAGACUUGUUGAAGAGAACGGAAAGCUGGUAGGACACAAGAACUUGCAUCAAAAAAUUCAAUAUUUGGUUAAAGUCAAGAAAGAAAAUGCUCAACUCUGUGAGGAAGUUGGGUUGCUGAAAUUGGAGAUUCUGAAACUGAAGGAACUCAAGAAAACUGACGAAUUGAUUUAGUUUGCUUGACACAACGGACUGUUUAUUAUGGGGUCAUGAUGAAAAUGUACAGCAAUAAUGUAUGGAGUCAGAGCAUGGAAAUGGGCCAUUCGGCCCGCCAUGUCUAUACCAAACAUCCAUGUUAAUCCCAUUUUUCAGCACUUGGCCCACAGCCUUCUAUAACUCUGUGAUUCCAGUGCUCAUCCAUACCCUUAAAAGCCACUCUGCUUCCACCACUCUCUCCAGCAAUGUAUUCCAGGUACUCACUGCUCUCUGGGUGAAAAAGGUCCCCCUCAGAUCCUCUCUAAAUCUCUUGCCCCUCAAUCUAAAUGCAUGUCCUCCCAUUUUGUUCAACUCUAAGGAAAAAAGUUUGGUGCUGUCUACCUUGAUCUGAGUUUUAUAUAUCAGAACCCUCAACAGCUCUGGGAUUCCAAUAGCCCUCCUAACCUCUUCUUCACAGUACUCCAAGUGUGGUCUAACCAAUGUUUUGUAAAUUUGCAACAUAACCUCCCAGUUCUUUUAUUCUAUUCCCUGACCUGUGAUGGCAAGCAUGCCAUAUGUCUUCACUGCCCUAUCUAUCUGUGUUGUCAAUUUCAGUGAACUCUGGACUUGGACCCCUCAGCACUGAGGAACGUUGUUCGUUCAACAUUGACUUCCCAAAAUGCAUCACCUCAAACUUGUUGGGAUAAAAUUCCAUUUUACAAUGAGGCCCAAUGCAGGCUUGAGGAACAACAUCUCAUCUUCUGCCUGGGUACCUUGCAACCUCUGGGCUCCAUAUCAAAUCUGCCGACUCGGUAAUUUGCUCUUUCUGUCUGUUUCAGACCUGGCCAUUUAUCAUGUUGGCUCAGUUUUUCUCUUUCUAUUGGUAUUGUCUGGCCUGCUGGGCAGGUCCCAUUGUCUUACUAUUAGCAUUACACAGACAAGGAACAUAAUAGGCUUCCAACUGCCACAUUAGGUUAUCUAGUCUUCCUCUAUCAGAGAGGUUUCCUCCUCCACCUUCCCUGCUACUGGGAACUAAGUUGUAUUCCUCCCUUUCCCAGUCUCAGGCCUGAAAGGUUAACUCUUUUUCCUACCGCAGAUGCUGUCUGACCUGCUGAGUGUUUUCAGCAGUUUCUGUUUCAGUUUAAAAUUAAUUCUGCAUUACUCUAUUUGGCAGUGACUCAAUGCAAAUAUAUGGUAUUGAAUCUAAACAAGUCCAUAGCAGACUGUAAAUGAGCCUUUUUAAAAUGCUUUCCUCUGCUCUACUUUGUGUCUAGCUGGGAACUAUAGAAAAUAUGUUUGGCUCAAAGGAUUAAUUUUAAUAAACUUUUUAAAAU